AUGUCACCGAACUCACCCGCCAGCCAAAAGUCCGGCUCUAUCUCCGAAUCUUCAGGUUCGAUCGAAAAGAAAUCUCAGGUAGAGGUGGAUGAGAAGUCAUAUCGCGGUGACGACCUGGUGGAAGAUGAGCCUGAACCACUCAAGUUCGUCACAUACCUUUUCCGCCGUCAUCUGUACAAGCCUCGCGAUCUCGAUGCUAUUGCUACUCGACGCUCUGUCUAUGACGACCCUCAUUUGUCCCCCCAUUACUGGCCAACACCGGAGUACGAGAACAUUCAUCGUUUUGAUCCAAAGGCUCGUUGGACGGUCAGAGAAGAAAGAGCUCUGGUUCGAAAAAUAGAUUGGAAGAUUCUUUUAUGGGCGGCUAUCAGUUUCUCUGCUCUUAAUCUGGACAGAAACAACCUCAGUUUGGCAAACAGCGACGGCAUACUUAAGGAUCUAAAACUCUCCACAAAUGGCAAGUACCGUUCCUUAUUUCCUUCUCUUCCAUCUCUAAUUCUGAGUUGGUAUACAGAUUACAAUCUUGCCAAUACCCUCUUUAGGAUUUCAUUUUUGAGUGCCGAAUUACCAUCUCAACUUAUCUCCAAACGGCUCGGUCCCGACAGAUGGAUUCCCAUUCAAAUGUGCUGCUGGGCGCUGGUCACUGUGGGACAAUUUUGGCUCAGUGGACGCACCUCUCUGCUCGUUUGCCGAUCCCUUCUCGGAUUUAUUCAAGGCGGAUUUAUUCCAGAUCUAAUUCUAUACCUCUCUUAUUUCUACACUAAAUAUGAACUCCCGUUCCGACUUGCUAUCUUCUGGGUAUCCAUGAACUUGUGCAGCAUCUUUGGGAGCUUCCUCGCAGUUGGUGUCCUUCGGAUGCGUGGUACACUCGGUUUGGCAGGAUGGAGGUACAGAAUUCUCAUUCUCUAUGCUACCUACGCAACUGACCAAGUGCAUUGUAUCGGCUUCAGAUGGCUUUUCCUGAUUGAAGGUUUGCUAACUCUUGCGAUCGGUAUCGCGACAUUCUUCAUGAUGGUCCCGUCACAAACGCAAACCAAGGCAUGGUAUCGACCCAACGGCUGGUUUAACGAGCGCGAAGAAAUUAUCGCCACCACGCGCAUCCUCAGAGAUGAUCCGUCCAAGGGAGAUAUGCACAACAGAGAAGCACUCUCGUUAAAGAAACUGUGGAAGGCCGUUUGCGAUUACGAUCUUUGGCCACUCUAUGCCAUCGGCCUCAUGUUUGGCAUUCCUGUCACCCCACCAAGCAGUUACUUGACGCUCUCCCUACGCAACCUCGGCUUCUCCACACUGGAUACUAAUCUGCUCACUAUACCAUCCCAAUUCGGAAACAUCCUUGCCAUGCUUUCCAUCACCAUGGUCUCCGAAGUCGUCAACGACCGCGCGCUCGUUGCAAUGGCCGAAGCGCUGUGGGCCUUCCCUUUCCUCAUCGCGCUGCGUACGAUUCCAACGACUUCAAGUCCAUGGUUGUUCUACGGUAUUACGACUGGUUUGCUGUCCUUCCCGUACACGCACCCAAUUCAAGUUGGGUGGUGCUCCCGCAACGCCGGAGGUGUAGCAUCACGCACAGUGAAUGCAUCCAUUUAUAACAUGUUCGCACAAGCUGGCGUUGUAGUUUCUUCAAAUAUCUAUCGCGCGGAUGAUGCACCCCACUACCACCGGGGCACAAGCUGGCUUAUUGGUGUUGCCGCUUUCAACUGCAUCAUUCUUUACCCCGGCACCAAACUAUACUACAAAUGGCGGAACGCCAAAAGAGCAAAGGUGUGGGAUGCCAUGACUAACGAGCAAAAGAGUGAAUAUCUCUCCACGACCAAGGAUGAGGGCAACAAGCGCCUGGACUUCCGCUUCGCCCAUUGA